GAGCUGACAGAAGAAGUAAAAGAAGGUGCCUUCUCCAAUUUUCCGCUCUCCGAAAACACUAUCAACCUUCUCACAGCUCGAGGUGUAAAAUACCUGUUUCCUGUGCAAGUGAAGACUUUUCAGCCCAUAUACGAUGGCAAAGACCUAAUAGCUCAAGCUCGAACCGGGACUGGGAAAACCUUUUCCUUUGCUCUUCCACUGACUGAGAAACUUCAGAGUGGCUUGCAGGAUGGGAGGAGAGGCCGUGCACCAAAAGUGUUGGUUCUUGUUCCAACCAGGGAACUGGCGACUCAAGUAGCCAGAGACUUCAAGACUCUCACAAGGAAACUGUCAGUUGCUUGUUUUUAUGGAGGAACUCCAUAUAAAGAGCAACUUGACCUCGUCAAAAGUGGCAUUGAUAUUCUAGUGGGAACUCCAGGACGGAUCAAAGACCAUGCUCAGAAUAGCAAGCUGGAGCUUUCCAGUGUGAAGCAUGUUGUUCUGGAUGAAGUGGAUCACAUGUUGGACAUGGGCUUUGCUGAACAAGUGGAAGAAAUCUUAGGGUUUGUUUAUAAAAAAGGCUCUGAGAACAACCCCCAGACGCUACUGUUUUCUGCAACUUGUCCACGGUGGGUUUAUGAUGUAGCAAAAAAGUACAUGAAAGAUGAAUAUGAACAGAUUGACCUGAUUGGAAAGAAGACUCAAAGGGCAGCCACGACCGUGGAGCACUUGGCUAUACAGUGUCGCUCAUCGCAGAGAGCAGGAGUUCUUGGGGACAUCAUUCAAGUCUACAGUGGCAGCCGUGGGAGGACUAUUGUCUUCUGUGAGACCAAAAAAGAAGCGAAUGAGCUGGCCAUGAGUGCUUCGCUCAAACAGGAUGCCCAGUCGCUGCACGGUGACAUUCCACAGAAACAGAGGGAAGUUACAUUGAAAGGCUUCAGAAAUGGUGUGUUUGAUGUUCUGAUUGCAACAAAUGUAGCUGCUCGUGGUUUGGAUAUUCCUGAGGUUGACCUUGUUAUACAGUGCUCACCGCCAAAAGAUGUCGAUUCCUACAUCCAUCGCUCUGGACGGACAGGCCGAGCUGGCCGCACUGGCGUCUGCAUCUGCUUGUUUCAGAGAAGAGAAGAAGAUCUUCUGAAACAAGUUGAGCACAAAGUGGGGAUCACGUUUAAGCGUGUAGGAGUUCCCUCUGCCACGGAUGUAAUUCAGGCUUCGAGCAGCGAUGCCAAAAAGUUGCUGGAGGCCAUCCCUCCUUCUGCAGUAGACUACUUCAGGAAGUCUGCUCAAGAGCUCAUAGACGAGAAGGGGGCAGUGGCUGCCCUGGCUGCCGCGCUGGCCCACAUUUCUGGGGCAGCUUACAUCCAGCAGCGCUCCCUGCUCAACUCAACCGCGGGCUUUGUGACCAUGGUGCUGAAGUGUUCAAUAGAGGUGCACACCAUGAGCUAUGCCUGGCGGGGGCUGAAGGAACAGCUCGGGGAGGAGGUGGAUGACAAAGUGUCGGCAAUGCGAUUCCUCAAGGGGAAGAUGGGAGUGUGCUUUGAUAUCCCUGCUGACGAACUGAGUAACAUACAGGAGCAGUGGAAGGACACGAGGCGCUGGCAGCUGUCAGUGGCAAAGGAGCUGCCGGAGCUGGAAGAGUACCCGCAGGAGGGUGGACGAGGGUUCUCCAAGUUCGGGAAUGGGAGGCAAG